AUGAACUGGAUGCUGCUCUUGACGCUGCUCAACCUCGUCAUGACGGGGCUCUACUUCUACAAGAGCGUCGUGCUCCUCGAGCUCACGCAGGAGCUCAACACGUUCGACAAGCUCCACACCGAGUUUGGCCGGCAAGAGAUCGAAGCCGCCUGGGAGACAAUUGAAGACUUCCACGAGAACCACGAGCAUCCCGCCUGCGCGUUGCAGGAGUAUGCGGUCGGCAACAUGGCGCACGUCAAGGCGGUCGAUGGCGCCCGCGCCCGCCUCGUCCACUGGUACCAAAAGGUCACGUACUUUCACCGCCAUGGCCUUCUGGAAGACCGCCUCUUUGCCGAGUUCCCAGGCGCCUUCCGCACGCAGCAAUUCAUCGAGCGCGUCGAGCCGCUCUCGCUCCUCGUCUGCGCCCAGCGUGGCGUGCCGGACUGCCACCUCCUCUUUGACACGCUCCGAAGCAUGUAUGGGCUGCCGGCGCGCUCCGGCAAGAUGCAAUGUGUGCCCGACGUGACGGUGGCGACAGCCGCAGCGCAGGAGAAGGAAGAGUUGUAG